GUGAUGGGGCUGAGUGGAAGGACUCGGAGCUGCAGUUCCUUGAGGCGCGGGUGUGUGCGGCGGGAGGCGAGAGGGAAUCAUUAUAGGUCACUAGGGGAAGAGGGAAAGCCCUGGGCGCAGAGAGGUCACUGGGCGGGAGAGGGGAAGGGAGUGGUGCUGCUGGGAGGACGGUAACUGGCUGGAGUAAAAUCGUUUUCCAUGCCCUGGGGCCUAGUAAGCAGAAGUACCUGCAGUUGUGAGGAUUUACACGGGAGUCAGCAGGCUGCAGCCCUGCCCAAGGCUGGUGACUGUCAGGCUCGCCUGCCUCGCUGGAAAGAUGUAAGAAACAUGAGUGCAAGAGACCUUCGACAGUUCGUUACAACUCACAACGCUAGUGAAAUAGAUAAACUGGUAGUUCGUAUGAAAAAUGGUCUUUUCAGCCAGAAGUAUAAACCUGUUGACUAUAAACAACUAUAUUCACUUACUGAAGAAAAGAAAAAAACCUCUGUUAAUAUACAAUUAAAGGUUAAAAAAGUAGAGCAAGCCUCAAAAACUAAUAAAGAACAAAUGCUACUGAAACAGCAUCACCAGAUAUGGUGGCAAGAACAUAAACAACUGAGUGAGAACAGGCAUAAAGUGGAAGCAGAAAUACAAACUUUCCUUGAUGAAGUUAGCCUGGAAAGGGAAUUUCUUCUGGAUAUGUGGGACUUGGCAUAUAAAUUAUCAAAGGAACGGGACACAUAUCAAACAAAUACUGUAGAACCCAUCUGGCAACUGAGGAAAGAUUUGAAAUAUAGGCUGUCUGAAAUGCAGUAUUACCCUUCAACAAAUUCUUGCAUGGAAUCUAAGUUCACUCCAGUCAAGGUGUUACAGCAGGUAAACUUUGUGAAGGAACAACAGAAAACAAAUUUAGAAUUGCUUAACCAAGAAAAAUUGGCUUUGGAACAAGAGCUUGAAGAUUGUAAGGCUAAACUGCUAACAUACUCUUUUGAAGAGAAAACUGGACUUUUUCAUGAAGUUCCUACACAGUUACUGGCCUUGGAAUGCCCGUACCCCGAUUUGAAGUCUUCAGUCCUUAGCGAAUUCCAUAAAUUUGCAGAUGAGUAUUGGACUAAACUUCAAGAGAUUGAUCAUCAGUUAAAAUUAAUAACCAGGAACUUUGGCUGGAGUGAAGAAGAUCAGUGGGUUUAUCAGACUGUUGUAAAUCAGUAUCCAAGUGAUCUUCAGAGCAGAAGAGCUCUGUAUUUGGAUAUGCUACAGAGACAUCUGCCUCACAAAUCUAGGCAUGAACUGGUUGCUCAUGAAAAGGCUUGGGAUCAGUAUCAUUUUGCUAGGAGUCAACGUAGAGCUUUGAUUUUAAACUGGGCUCAGGCAAGAAAAGCCUUUUUAUUGAAAGCAGUAAUGACUAUUGCUGAAGCUUGUGCUGUUCAUGAGACAGAAGUGAUGUUGGCUAAUAACAGAAAAAAGCAACAGGACAUCUGUGCUGAUUUGAAAGGAAAGGUUCUACAGUGGAGAGCACACCAGCAGGAGACAGCCAGAUUGGAAGCUGCAAUAGCUGCCAGAAGAAAAGAAAAAGAAGAUGAAAAAGAAAAGAUACAGAAAGAAAAGGAAAUGAUUCAGAGAGCAGAGGAUAAAGAAAAAGUGAGAAAAUACUGGGCUGAAAAACAACGCAAGUGGCAAGAUAUGGAAGAGAAAGAUCUACAGCGUUUAGCAGAACUAAAGAAAUUAAUGAUUGAACAAGCAACAAAAGAUAAAGAAAGGGUUAAGUUUAGACAAGAACUGUUGGAAAAACGCCUGAUGGAGAGAAAAGAACUGGCCCUUCAAGAAGCCCAUGAGGAAGAAGAAAGAGAGAGACGUCUUGAAGCCCUCAGACAACAGGUUGCUAUUGUUGCAGAAAUUGAUCCAGCUAGAAUGAUGGCUGAUACAGUGGCAUCUAAAGCUAAAGUAGGCAUUGGAAGUGAAGAAGAAUUUGUUCUUCAUAGACCACUGUUUACAUUGAAUACAUACAGUGAACAACAGAUCAUUUCUGAUCCUAGAGUUCGUGUUGAGCUAGCUCUUCGAGAAGUUGGACUUCAUAAAACCCUUUAUGCUAGAGAGAUUUUACCAAAAAUUCCUCCACUUAAACUUCCAAGAAGGGACAUGGAAUCUACAAUCUUUAAAAUGUAGAAUCUAGCAUGGAUUUCAGAUCUUUCACUAUUGUUUGGACUAUAAUAUGAAAUUAUUUAAUAAACAUAUUUAUAUUUAGAUAACUUCAUGAAUUUAGGAUACUUCAUAGAACUAUUUAGUUCUUAAUGCAGUCAUUCAAAAAGAAAUUUGUUUCCUAUGCUGUGUGCUGUAGACCACUUAAUAUUCCCCUGACAAUCUUGAAUAGAGUUUUGUAAUGUAAUGUUCUUUAAGAACAGUUUGCUGAGAUUAUAAUCUAAUUAUUUGGAGCCAAAUAAUUCCCCUAUAUAAAAGCUUUAGGAGGAGUCUGUGCAUGAAACCCUCUGGUAAGAUUUCCACACAGCAUCAUGGGAUGGGGUUUUCCACAUGAUAAACACUGUGGGGCUCAACCACAAGCCUGGUAGAUAUCUGUGGAUCAGAAGGGGGCAUGGGCUAUCAGCGUGUCUCGGCACUAUUUCCAAUCCUUGGAAACCUCCUCCUCAUUUCCUGGCAGCAUGGUUCCUUUGCAGCUACAUGUGUAAGUACUCUUCCCUUUUCCCAUAGUAGCACAUGAGGAUUCCCCAGGAAAUGCUCUGAGAGAGAUUUUAUAAUCUGGGAUCAUGCCCUCAGAUUUAUCCUUUUUUUACUUUCCCCAGAGAAGGCCCUGGAUGGAGUGUCACUAGGUGUGAGGUAGUAUUGAUCGGGUUGCCAGGUGUUCGGUUUUGAACUGGACAAUCUGGUAUUUGAGCUUUCUGUCCCGGAAACAAAUUGAGA